CUCGCUUGGUGUGUGGGUUAAAUCGAAGAUUGGUCAAGUCCAUUACGUGAACGACGCUCGAUGGAUAAACUAUUCAAGAACGCGUUGAUUUGGAAUGCAGAAGUCAAGAGUCUGCGUCGUCGUCUUCUUUGAAACGUCGUUGCGGGAUAGAGAGAGAAGCUGAGUUGAGUUGAAUUUUGUUUCUUAUGUGGGCGUGAAGAUGGAAACCUUUUCUCCUUGUAAAUUGAUCUUCUGCAUCUCGAUUCUUCUUCAUGUAUCAGUUUUGAUUCAUGGGCAACAGCCAUACGUAAACAACCGCCAGUUGGACUGCGAUAACUCCGCCUAUAAUAAUAUAACCAGAGGUUUUGUUUGCAGCAGUGUUGGAUCUUCAUGUCAAUCCUAUGUGACUUUCAGAUCAAUUUCUCCCUACAACUCAGCUGUCAGCAUAGCUUAUCUAUUGUCUGCUCAAGCAGACUCAAUUGUCUCCAUCAACCAGUUAACCUCCGCCACCGCCACCGUCCCCACUAAUGAGAUGCUGAUAAUUCCAGUCAACUGCUCUUGUUCCGGAACCAAUCAGUCCUCUUACUACCAGCAUAAUGCCACCUACAACGUUAUUGUCACUGGGGAGACAUAUUUCUCUGUGUCUAAUAACACUUACCAGGGACUCACCACUUGCCAGGCAAUGAUGGCUCAGAAUGUUUAUGGUGAAAAAAAUAUCACAGAGGGUGAUAUUUUAACAGUUCCAAUUCGAUGUGCUUGUCCAUCAACCAGCCAGGCGGCUUCUGGUGUCAAGUAUUUGCUCAAUUUCUUGAUCACAUGGGGCGAUUCCAUUUCUGCAAUUGCUAAAAAUUUCGGAGUGGAUCAACAAAGCAUCCUUGAUGCAAAUGAGCUGUCAGCAGAUCAAGUUAUUUUUCCAUUUACAACUGUUCUAGUUCCUCUUACGACUGAGCCCACCAAGAUUGAAUCACCAGUGGCUUCUCCUCCGGCACCUUCUCCACAAAUACCAACCAGCCCUCCUGGUGAAUCAUCCAGCUCUAAAAAGUGGGUGUAUGUUGGUGUUGGAAUCGGAGUUGGUUUGCUGCUACUUAUUGCCCUCUUGGCAUUUUUAUUCUGCUUCUUUCGUCGCCAGUCUAAGGAGCCAAAGUCCAAGCCAUCCUCUAGUUCUCCAAGGCCUAAGAUGGUUUCAGAGUCAACUGAUUACACAGCACUCCCUGAAAACAGCAAAUCAUGGUCCACUUCUGUCUCCUCACAGGGGUUUCGAAGCACUGUUGAGUCUUUGACAAUCUAUAAGUUUCAGGAUUUGGAAACAGCCACUGGGAAUUUCAGCGAAGAGAACAGAAUCAAGGGCUCUGUUUACAGGGGGUCUUUCAAAGGUGAUGCUGCUGCUGUUAAGGUAAUGAAAGGAGAUGUCUCAAGCGAGAUAAACAUAUUGAAGAAGAUCAAUCACGGCAAUAUCAUAAGGCUUUCUGGUUUCUGUGUACAUCAAGGCAAUACAUACCUCAUUUACGAGUGUGCAGACAAUGGUUCCCUCGAUGAUUGGCUCCAUGGCAGCAAGAACCAAGCUGCUUCUGCUACACUGGAUUGGAAGAAAAGAGUUCAGAUUGCAUAUGAUGUAGCUAACGCCCUCAACUAUCUCCACAAAUACACCAUUCCCCCUUACAUCCACAAGAAUCUAAAGAGCAGUAACAUUCUCCUAGAUGCCGACUUCAGAGCCAAAAUUGCAAAUUUCGGUUUGGCAAGAAGUGUCGACGACCAAGAAGAGGGUGGAAUGCAAUUAACAAGGCAUGUAAUUGGCACUCAUGGCUAUCUGGCUCCAGAGUACAUAGAAAAUGGAGUCAUCACAGCAAAACUAGACGUUUUCGCUUUUGGGGUUGUCCUGUUGGAGCUCUUAUCUGGAAGGGAGGCUUUAACAGGAGAUAAAGAUAAAGGGGAAGAAUUGCUUUCUGCAUCCAUUAAUAAGGUGCUUGAAGGAGACAAUGUAAGAGAGAAAUUUAGAGGCUUCAUGGAUCCUUGUUUGAGGAAUGAGUACCCCUUAGACUUGGCCUUCUCUGUGGCUCAGCUUGCCAAAAACUGUGUGGUUCAUGAUCUAAAUUCUCGCCCAUCCAUGGUUGAAGUUUUCAUCACUCUGUCCAAGAUUUUAUCUUCAUUGUUGGAUUGGGAUCCAUCAGACGAGCUAUAUCGCUCCAUGUCACAAGGCAGCGUCAGGGACAGAAAAUAAACUACUGAUGGUAAGGUUACAAGAUGCUAGUAUACAAUAUUAGUGCUUCUUGUAGUUAAACACCUCACUAUAUUUAGAAGCCUGCUGAAAUUUGUGUCAUAUAAAAUUCCCAUUUUCCAGAAUCAGAAUUUAGACAUCAAAUAUUAAUAUUUCAGAAAAUGUCGUACUACUAUAUGAGAUGAUACGAGUAGUUACAGGGCUCACGGUCCUCUUGCCGAUCAGCUUUGGAAACUCAAGAACAUCUCGUUUUUGGUUGCGACUUCUCUUCAUCAGUUCAGGGGAAAGUCGAAGCCAAGACUUUUAUAGCCUGACUAAGUUUAUCUAUAUUCUCUUUCUUCAUUGGGUUCUUUGUACUUUCAUCGUGAGAGACCUUAUACAUGCUUUUUUAUUAUUAUUUCACGAUUUUAUGAGAAGAAUAACCAAAUGAUCCAUCAGUAUCACAAAUCUGUUAAGACAGUCUAUGAUUUAGUUCGAUCUAGGGUUGUACUUGUAAACUUAAAGACAAGAUUUGAAAUUUCACCCAAA